AUGAUCAUUGAAAUUCUGGAUUUUUGUGUGAAUGUAUUGAAUGGUUCAUUUUAUGAGACAAAAACCUUAUUAAGUAUCCAAGUACCGUUUUUUAAAAAAGUAUCAUCAGUUUUAUGUCUCUACUUAGCAUUUUUUGGUAUUUACACACACAGACUCUCUUUUAUUUAUUUAGAGAAUCUCAUCUUCUUUAAUAUAUUUUUUUCACUUAAUGAGAAGAUAACUGAUCAAAUUAAUAGCUAUAUCAACAAUAAACCAGUUCAAUGGAUAUUUAACAUGAUAUUUCAUCCUGUAUUAUUUGUGUUUUUAUUAGCCACAAUUAAAUAUCAAACAUAUAAUUAUAUUAUGUAUCCUGUUGUAGCAUUAGCAGGUAGGUUCUUUUUUGCCUUAACAAGUAACUUUUAUAAAAAAAUCAUAACUACUGAUGAAAAAAGACAUAUUUUAACGUUUUUGACAUCACAAUUUAUAAGUUUUUUGUUUAAACGACUUAAUUCUAGGUAUGAAAGAGAAAUUGUUUGUUUUUGGUUUUCUUUUGGAGGGAUUUUUUAUUGUCUUGAAUUUAUCAAAGAUAUGGAUUUUGUUAAAAAUUACUUUAAUUUUAAAGUUUGUUAUGAUGUAUCAAUUGAAGGAAAUGAUUUUUUAUUAACUUACGCAACAUUUGUGUGUUUUUUAGGUUUUUCUUACACAUUUCAAAUGGUCUUCUAUAAGAUUUAUGUAAAAAAGAAGAUCAAUAAACAAAUUUGA